CAGUGCGAAUACCCAGUCUAUUGAGUGAAGUCGGAAAAAUACAUAAACUCAUACAGCUGCACUCAAUUUGCAAAUUCAUUACUGUGGAAUAAUUAGAGGUCUUACGCACUGCUCAGUUUCGAAACCAUCGGUGCGCAGUGAGUGAGUGUGCUGCUUUGCUGAAUAAACCAUCAUUCCAAGAAAAUGGCUUCCCUCAGACCACUGGCUCCUGAAUUGGCGGAAAUAGCCAAAAAUGAAUUGAACGAGGUACCAGCACGAAUCCCGGAGGAUCUGGUCGCUCUGAGGGCCUGGCUUUCGAAGCAACCACACCUCAAUCCUCGCACCGAUGAUCAAUUUCUGGUAAACUUCCUCCGUGGAUGCAAAUACAGCUUGGAGAAAACCAAAGAAAAGUUGGAAAACUACUAUACCGUCAAGUCGGCGAUUCCAGAAUUUUUCGACAACCGUGAUCCGACAAAUGCAAAAAUUCAAGAAAAUGCAAUGUUAGGAGUCAACCUGCCGCUUCCACAUACAAUGGGACCUGACGGACCACGAAUCGUGCUUGCGCGAAUGGGAUCAUACGACCCUAGCUUGUAUUCAAUAGUAGACAUAAUGAAGGUGUGCUACAUGAUCAGUGAUCUGCUGCUCUUAAAUGACGAUACAACUGUCAUUGCUGGCCACAUGGUGCUCGUUGAUCUCCGAGGACUUUCCUUAGCAACGCUAUCUCAGUUUAGUCCCACAUUUAUAAAGAAAAUGACAUCGGUAAUAGAAGCUUUUCCAAUCCGAAUCAAAGGCAUCCACUUUGUGAAUCCAUCGACUGGAUUUGACGCUCUCUUCAGAAUGUUCCACGGGUUUCUGAGCAAGAAGAUUCAAGACCGCAUUGCUGUACACGACAACUUCGACGGGCUGCACCAGGUUAUUCCGAAAUCUUUUCUACCGGAAGAGUACGGAGGUAGUGGCGGAAAAUUGGAUACUAUCAUUGCGGAUUGCCGCGACAAUCUAGUGGCCCAUCGCCAGACUUUCCUAGACGAUGCGAAAUACCGCAAUGAUGAACGAAAACGAAUAGGAAAACCGAAAACUGCUAGUGCGUUGUUCGGCGUUGAGGGUUCUUUCAGAAGCUUGGAGUUCGAUUAAUCAAAGGUCUAAGAUAUGUUUUUUGUGCAGGUGUUGUCAAAAACAAAUACAUUUAAAGGUUGUAAGUGAAA